AUGGACCCAUCUCGCUCAAACGAGUACCCCGAGGAGAAACCUCCGUCCUACGAUCGGCAUUUAGAAGAGUCGAUCCCAUUCGCGUCAUCUUCCGCCGAGCCCCCGGACCCAUGGAGGCCGCGUCCCGCCUCCACCGGCCUCGACCGACCGGGUCCGAGCAAUGACCUCCAGCGGGCCGUAUCGGCUCCGGCGACGGACGUCAAGGAGAAGCCCGGACCCCCGGCCUCGCCCGAGCCCCCACUUAGCCCGGGUCUGCUCGAGUUGCCUCCGGAGUACAUGCGACAAGACCCCAACGACCAGAUCUUCCGCCUCGAAGCCCCCUUCAUCUCGUCAGCAUCGACCGACGCCGGCCUGAUGGUCCCUCGUUUUCAGCUGGCUCAGCUCCGGACUAGCGCGAACAAGCCGUACAAGCUGCGUCUACGGCGCCUCACAACCGCCGAGUGUCGACGCCUGGCGGUACCUGGCAAAGGAAAGGAGUCUUUGGUGGAGUUUGACAACGACCUCACCUUGUAUCUCAUCGCCAACACUCACGCGCUGUUCCCUUGGUCGUUGCCGGAAAUUGAGAUCCGCGGGUGCAAGGCGCGAACGCUGGAAGGGUUCGUGGAGCUGAAGAGGACGCCGACGGCGCAUCAGUUCUGGCAAAUUACGAAGAACGAGGCCAACGACAUGCUGAGGCCCGAGAAUCAGCGCAAGUUGGAGAAGUACGGUUAUCACGCCAACGAUGAGAUCAAACGCGAAUUGCUUUUCGCGGGAGAAUCGGUUGCCGUGCUGUCCAAGGAGACGAAGUGGAAGGACGGGUCAGGGAUACUAGUGGCGACUGAAUCAAAAGGUACCCUUCGCCUGGCCAUUGACCUGCCAGCUGAGAGAAAUGACGCCCUCAUAGCUUGUUGGGCUGCGAAGUGCUGGAUUCAGGGGUCAAUAAAGUGGUGA